AUGAAACUUGCCUUCUCCCUCUUCGCCCUGGCAGGCAUCCAAUCUGCUUUUGCUGACUGUAGGGCAGAUCGCGAGGCAGUGGUGCCAUACAUCGGAGAAAAGCUCGAUAGUGAUGUGUUUGAUCUCGUCAACUCAACUACGUUCCAGUUUCUUACGCCGGACAACACAGAGGCUGAUAUUGAAGUACAUGAGGACAACCCUGUGUUGACUUUUGAUGUUGAUUUUGAUAAAACCAUUCUCAUGGUUUAUUGCUUCUAA